AUGCCUGAAACCAGAGACCCAUUCCCUUUUCCAAGAUUUGAAAACGAUGAUGGUUUCAGAGGUCGGAAAAAGGACACGCAGGGCCGUCAGUAUCUCAAACCAACUCAUUUAGCUCAACUGGAGGAUCCAUGGAAUCGACUCAAUGCAGCAGUAACUGUGUCAAGUGCAAACAAAGGAAUUUACCUCUAUAAUCCCAAGGCACCUAGAGACAGUCUGGAUCUUCAUCUUAAUACUGUUUAUAAUCAUUCAGAAGAUUUUUUGAAACAUAAGAAUGAGGCACUUCUUCAAAAAGCAACCUGUGAUCCUCAGAGAUUCAUUAGUGGGAUGUGA